AGAUGUUCACCAUGGACAAGACUGCUUUCCUGAUUCUCUCACUUUGGGCAGCAGGCGUGACCUCCUCUGCUAUCGAGAAGCGUUUGGUAUCCUCCGUUACGUGUCCUGAUGCUGAGCGGCACCAUCACGUGCGGGUGGUUUAUGAGUUUGGCGAUGGGAAGAGCAUGACCUGCGCUGGAACUCUCAUCCACAAGCAGUGGGUCAUCACUGAUUCUCACUGCUACGGCGGACGAAACGGGAAGCUGGUAGUGGAGAUUGGUGGUCAUCCAAAGACGUCCGUGAAAAAACAAAUGAGGGUCAGCGACAUCAGGAUUUAUCCCAAGAGCCCCUCCGACGAGCCCAUCGUAUUGCUGAAACUUCCAGAAGCAGCGAAGGACAUUGAGCCCGCCGUGCUGCCGGCUGGAACCUGCACGGCCCCGGGUGACGGAGAGGAGCUGCAGGUGUCCGGCCGCGGUGCCACCACGGCUGACGGAGGUCAGGGUGUAAAAGAUCUGAUGUGCCUGGAAGUUAAAACCAUCAGCAAGAAUCACUGUACAAACUUGGCUGGCACCAGCUACGAGAAGUUCACCUAUAUCUACUGUGGUGGAGGAGUCGGUGGUGCAGAAAUCAAACCCUGCAAGGGUGAUUCUGGUUCCGGCGCCGUGAAGAAAGAGAUGGUUUCGAAAUCGUCUUACAUUUUUUGGACCACGAAGGAGAAGGCAGAUGUCCUGUAUGGAGUUCUCAUUAGUGGGCAUGAAGAAUGCGAAGAUAAAUUUGUUUUUGUUGACAUUUGUAGCAAAUCAUUAAAGAAGUGGAUAGACAGCAAUGUGGCUUAAACCUUGAAGAGAUGAAGGCUCUCCUACAGCUGCAAAGUCCUAAUAUCUAUACAAAAAACUGUCCUGUAAUCUGAUUUGAUUGAAAAGUUAAUCAUGUUAAAUAAUGGGCUUAAUAACUUCUGUUUACCAAGAAUUGAAGUUCCUGUUUGAUUUGCUGAUUAUCUCUCUUUCAGAGCAUGUCUUACCCACUUUGUCACUCUAAAUGCAAAGAAGUAACCAAUAAAAUACUGAAGUGAUUGUUAA